AUGAAAACAGCGAAACCACCACCGGUGCCUGAUGGCGCGGGAAGUUCCAGUCGCAGGCAGCCGGUGCGCCAGACGCGUGCCAACCCGCCGCGCACAUCCUCCCUCAUUCGCGCCAAUCCGUUGGCGAGCGCCCCUGCUCCGGAGCAGCCCAUCAACAUCCUUCCUGGGGUCACGCACUUUGCCGACGCUAUCACAGCCCUUCCCAAAGAACUGGUCCGUCACUUUACGCUCCUCAAGGAGGUUGACGCCAAGAUUUUCGCUCCUGAAGCCGCCCUGUUCCAGCUCCUCCACAGCGCUCUCGACAUUCCCGUGCCAGACGUUGCGCGACCGCCAAACGAUGGUUCGAGCUACGCUGCCUCGGUAUCGGCGCCUAUGAGCAUCACCGGUUCUGCCAACCCCGCUGCACCGGCCUCUGAUGGCACAGCCACCAGUGUGUUCGAUCCCGCCAACAUCCCCCGCCGUACUAUUUUCCGCGACACCGCACUGAAGAUACAAGAGAUGCUAGUAUCGUUGGAAGAGAAGAACCACGUCAUUGCGACCGCCAAUGACGCCCUACAGAAGCAGUUGUCGCGCAUCGACGAAAUCUGGCCGCACCUCGAAGCCGAGUUCAGCGACGAAGCCAAAUGGGGAAGCACUACACACUGGGCAUACGUCGAAAACAGGCAGGCAAAGUCCAAUGAUAAGCAGGCAGAGAGAUCACGCCGUGAAGGUGCUGCUACUCUAUCCGCCGCUGCUCAGGCGCUGGCCGAGGAGGCAGCCGCCCGUAGCAGUGACCGGAAACAGGCCUUGGCUGCCAAGAAGAACUCCAAGAACCAGGUCGCCGACGCUGAUGGCGACAAGAAUCAAGAAACUGGGAAGAGAACGCAAGCGGGGAAGUCAAGAAAGCCUCUUCCUGACUCUGGCCCUGUUGGCCUCGGUAUCACGUCCGCUCCUGCAGCGAGUGCUUCCGCGAACAAGCGGCGCAAGGUCGAGGCGAAACCGAAUGGAUCCACACCUACAGAGCGCGCGAUGGGUUCGGUUUUCGGCAGUAACGCCUCGAAGCAAAGGACCACGAGUCCAAGGGAGACACCAGCUCCUGAGAGUGGAACGAAGAAGCGCAAGGCACUUCCUACAUCGAGCAACCAGGCAAAGAAGAGCCGGACCAAUGCCGCCAUGUCCCCGUCUGUCACAUCUUCGCCCGUCAUCGGAACGCUUCCCGAUCCCGCCAAAGGUGGGAGGGGGUCGCCUGCCCCAUCCGCUGCUGCCCCUCGAUCGGCCUCGUCUCGCGCCCGCCAGAACUCUACCCAGUCGAAUGCCGAGAAUGCUCGACAGCGACCGGCCUCAGCGGUCGCGAACAAGCCUAACGGGCACCCGCAAGGCACGCCUGAUCCAGGUCAGCCAAGCAAUGGCCAGAAGGCAAACCCAGACGUCAAAGCUCAGAAGGAGACGACGGUCCCAAUCGUAAACAAACCAAGUCCAUUGAAGCCAGAGACCGACGAGCAUCCUCCAGCGGCGGAGCCAGCACAGAACGGCAGCAAGAAGGAGAAUCCCACAAUAGCAUACGAAGACUUAGUUCCGUUAAAGAAGGAAUCAUCAUCCCUCGCCAUUCAACCCACGCCAGCAAGCUCGGUCAGGACCAAGAGUGGCCGCGCCAGCAAACCCUCUACUCCGGCCAUCGCAACGUUUGCCGAGGCUGCCUCGACAACCGCAUCCACAGUCCCCUCGCGGUCGAGGUCUUCCCGGAACAACACGGAUAGCGCCGCAGGUGCCUCAAGCACAACCACCACAACCAGCAUCUCUACCACCUCCUCCACCACCGCCACGGCGAAGAGAAGCCACAAAAGGGGCGCCUCUGUCUCAGCCACGGCCACCCAGGCAGCUCAACAAGCUGCGGCGGCGGCGGCGGCAGCGGCAGCAGCAGAGAAGGACAAGGAGAAGGACAAAGAAAAGGAAAAGGACCCAGUCGCCAGCGGUGACAUCAGCAUCCGAGGUAAUGCCAGUGGUGCAGGAGGCGGGAGCAGGAAAGACAAGGACAGGACCGCCGCGGUCGACUCCCACUCCCAGUCCCAGUCCAACACACAAGGUCAUGGCCACAGUCAUGGUCACGCUGUGGCUAAGGCUAGCGGGGCAGGAGCAGCAGCAGCAAAGGAAGAAGAAGUGGAUGACGAUGAAGAAGAUGACGAGGACCAAGACGUCGGCGACGAGUUGUAUUGCUACUGCAACCAGGUCAGCUACGGCGAGAUGGUGGCUUGUGAUGGCGAGGGGUGUCCGCGGGAGUGGUUCCAUCUGGAGUGUGUUGGGUUGAAGGUUGCGCCUAAGGGGAAUGCGAAAUGGUACUGCGAAGACUGCAAAAAGAGGUUGAAGAUUGGCGAGCGGAGGUAG